GAUUUUCAUAGUCUCCGAAAGGUUUGGGCUGAGGGGCUUGACUACCUCCUUCCCCUCCUUAAGGAUUCCUGAUGAGGUGAGAGGGGUUCACCGUGCAUCCCAAUUUCCGGUUUACAAGAGACUCUAUAGUUUGACAGUUACCAUGGCUCCGGGAGCUGUGCGUCUUACGUUCUUCCGCGGCGCUGGCUGAUGGCGUAAUCAGUUCCGGCGCCCUAUGAGGGCGGGGAAGCAAGGUACUGGGGGGAAACUUAGCUCUUAGUGUAGCAGGGUCAUGAAGAAGAGGCGGCGGCGGGAGGAAGGAGGAGGCGGCGGGGGUGAGAAACUGCGGUAGCUCCCGGCUGGACUGGUGGCGUGGCUGUGUGGAAAGGGCGUAGUUCUUAAUCCCUUCUCCGGGCAGCGGCCGGGGCUCGGGGCUGAGAGCGGCCUUGGGGCCGCCUCCCCGGGCCCCCUGGCUCCGCCAUGUUCCGUAGGGCACGCCUUAGCGUGAAGCCGAAUGUCAGGCCUGGUGUAGGCGCCAGGGGUUCCACCGUCCCCAAUCCCCAGCGUGGACAAGAGGCGCCCAGGCCCCAGGAUCCUGCAGCGGCCUCCUCCCCGAAGCCAGCAGAGUCUACAGAUGUGCCCCCGGUGGAUUGCGGGGGAUCUGAACCCCAAGAAAAGGCUCCCAAGAGCAGUGAUGAAAAGACUGACAGUGAGAAUUAUGUUGAAGAAUCCAGUAAAUCUUCCUCUACUGUUUCACAGAGAAGAAAGAGAAUAUCAAGCACUCCUACUCUGGUUAAGCCUGGUGUCACUGUUCCUUCAGAAUCUCAUCCCUUAUCUACAGUUAAUCAAGAAGUUGCACAGCCGAACCCUGUUUCAACAAAAGAGAAACAGCCAUGUUCAGACAGAUAUCGAUUAUAUAAAGCCCAGAAACUAAGAGAAAUGUUAAAAGAAGAAUUGAGGAAAGAGAAGAAGCAAUGGAAAAACAAAUAUGCCAUAAAUGAAAGUCAGAAGCCACCAGAUCGUUCAAAAAUGACUAUGAGAGAUUUCAUAUAUUACCUGCCAGAUAAUAAUCCAAUGACUUCUUCCCUGGAGCAAGAAAAGAAAACUGAAAAAUCUUUGACACCAGUCCAGACAAGAGAGCAAGAAGGUAAGAGUACUCCUGAUACUGCAGAUAAUGAAGAACUAGAAGAAGAGGUGGAUGACGGGCCAUUGCUGGUUCCUCGAGUAAAAGUGGCAGAAGAUGGUUCCAUUAUUUUGGAUGAAGAAAGUUUAACUGUAGAAGUUUUAAGGACAAAAGGUCCCUGUGUGGUUGAGGCAAAUGAUCCCAUAUUUGAACGUGGUUCUACAACUACAUAUUCCAGCUUUAGGAAAAACUAUUAUUCUAAACCAUGGUCAAAUAAAGAAACAGAUAUGUUUUUUUUAGCCAUCAGCAUGGUAGGAACUGACUUUUCUAUGAUUGGACAGCUUUUUCCUCACAGAGCAAGGAUAGAAAUUAAGAAUAAAUUUAAACGUGAAGAGAAAACAAAUGGAUGGAGAAUAGACAAAGCCUUUCAGGAAAAGCGCCCUUUUGACUUCGAUUUUUUUGCUCAUUUGCUUCAGAAAGUUCUUGCUGAAGAAGAGAAAAGAAAACAAAAAUCUGUUAAAAAUCAGAGUUUAAAGGAGAAGAAAUCCUCUAAGCCAAGGAAAAAUGUAAAAGUGAAAAAAGUUGCCAGUGAAGGAGGAAAUGAUGAUCCAGAUGUAUCUCCAAGCACCAGAAAUUCAGACACAGAACCAUCUCAAAAGGGUGCUCAGAUAGUUGAAGAAGAACAGCACUCUCAAACUUUAACAGCACAGGAUUCAGAACAGAUUGCAUUAGAAACAGACCUAAAUCAAAAGAAAAGAAGAAGAAAGAAUCAGGAUGAAGUUGGUCAACAAGAAGUAAAAAAUCUUUCAGAAAAUGCCACUGUUCAGUUAGGUCAUUCUAAAGGAGAAACAUACGAAAAUAAAGAUCAGUCUUUAAGGGAGAUAAAUGAAGAUGAAAUCAAUAAGGAACAGAAGCUUUCUUGCAUACAGAAUAUGGAUGACAUUGUGGAUUUAUCCUCCAGUGAAAAAGCUGAGAAAAGAACUGACCCUAUCCUUUCAUCAAGUGGUCAACAAGAUGCCACAUCACUAGGAACUGAAGCUUCAGAAUCAAGCCCUUCAGGUUUGCCUUUAUCAGAAGCUGGAAUUAGUGCACUGUGUGAGGUGAAUAAUGUUGAAAGGAAUUAUACAGAAGAAAGCAGUGUUGACCUAAAAAAUAAAUCAUUGGAAACAGAUCAGUCAGGAAAUGUUAAACUAAUGGGACGAAGACAACUACAGAGACCUAAACCCAAUUUAUCAAGGGCAGUUGGGAAGAAAUCUGUUCUUUCACAAGGUAAAACAGAUGCAGAGAGCAAGAGUUUACAUGCAGAAACUUCAUUUGAAAAGAAUCAUAUGGAAAAGGAUAAAGUGAAUACAUUGGACAUUUCUGGAAUGGAGAAUACAGAGAGAGAGAACUCAGAAGCUGAGACUGUAUCUAUUUCUGGUUUGAGUGAAAAAAUUGGUCUGCAGGAAGAUGAUCAAACAAAGAUUGUCAGACCAGCACGACUAAUGAGGAGCCGAUUGCAAAGGCCAAAGCCAAAUGUAGGUAAAGCUGCUGAAAGAAAAAUUCUAGCAUCACAGGAAAAAAUUGAGGCCAAUGUAAAAAAGAAUGAAAGUGAAUCCUGUGUUGCUAGAGAUAGUCCUGAACAAGUAGAAGAUCAGUCAUGUAAAAACGUUGACUUUGAAGACAUCCCAUUACAAUCUGAGAAAGAAGAUAAUUUUUUCCAAAUGAAUGUUAAUGAAUGUGUAAGUAUUCAAGAGGAUAAGAAGGUCCCAGUUCUAAAGACUCGAUUUCAGAAACCAAAGCCAAAUAUAGGAAGAGGAGCUAGAAGAAGAGAAAUUUUCUCAAAGAAAGAGGUGUCAGAGGAGAUUGAAUCUGGGCAAUUUGCAGCACCUGUGAGAGAAAUUACAAGAAUGGAAGAAGCCUUACCAACGGAGAGCAUAUCAGUGGAGGCUAAUUCUACUAAGGAAAUGGAGUCAUAUUUAGGGAAAACUGAAAGAGACAAGUCUCCCAGAGAGAAGAUACCAGAAAUGAUGACCAGCACUGUGGAAAUGGAGACAGAUUUGAAAGAAACAGGAGGAGAGGUUUCCCCAAGGGACACUAUAUCAGAGGUGUCUGAUAUCACUGAGGAAAGAGUGAAGAAUUUGGAAGAAACUGGAAGAGAGGUUUCCCCAAGGGAUACUGUAUCAGACGUGUCUGAUGUCACUGAGCAAAGUGUGAUAAAUUUGGAGGAAACUGGAAGAGAGGUUUCCCCAAAGGAUACUGUAUCAGAGGUGUUUGAUGUCACUGAGGAAAGAGUGAUAAAUUUGGAGGAAACAGGAAGAGAGGUUUCCCCAAGUGAUACUGUAUCAGAAGUAUCUGAUGUCACUGAGGAAAGAGUGAUAAAUUUGGAGGAAACUGGAAGAGAGGUUUCCCCAAGGGAUAUUGUAUCAGAGGUGUCUGAUGUCACUGAGGAAACUGGAAGAGAGGUUUCCCCAAGGGAUAUUGUAUCAGAGGUGUCUGAUGUCACUGAGGAAAGAGUGAUAAAUUUGGAGGAAACUGGAAGAGAGGUUUCCCCAAGGGAUACUGUAUCAGAGGUGUCUGAUGUCACUGAGGAAACUGGAAGAGAGGUCUCCCCAAGGGAUACUGUAUCAGAGGUGUCUGAUAUCACUGAAGAAAUAUUGGCAGAUUUGGAAGAAACUGGAAGAAGAAAAAUAUCCCUACAGGAAAAUGCCCCAGAGGUCAGCACUAUAGAUGAAGUAGAAACACAUUUAGAAGAAACUGGAAGUGAGGUUUCUGUAAGGGAAAAUAUACCAGAGAUUGUUGAUGCCAUUAAGGAGAGAGAAACACAUUUGGAAGAAACUGAAAGAAGAGAAAUAGACAUAGAAGAAAAGGCCCCAGAGGCUAAGACUCAAGGUGAAAUGGAGACAGAUUGGAAAGAAAUUGAAAAGGGAACUUCCCUGGGGGAAAAGGUACUACUGGGGAUCAGUGCCACGGGGGAAAGGGAGAUUGAUUUGAAAGAAACUGGAGAAGGAGAUCUUUCCCUGAUGGAAAAGGUAUCAGGAAAGAUGACUGCUAUUGAAGAAACAGAGGCAGAAUCAAAAGACACUGGAGACAUUUCCUCAAAGAAAAGCAGAUCAGAAGAGAUUAGUGCUCCUGAAGAAAUGGCUGCAGAUUUGGAAAAAACUGGAAAAAGAGACAUUUCUUUAAGGAAAUAUGGAGCAGAGGAAACCAGGACCUCAAGGCAAAAUGACACAGAUUUAAUGCAGAGCAGUAGUAGUUGCUGCAGCACUGUGUCUUCACUAACUAUCAAAAAUGUUAGCAGUGAAGUACUAUCCGUGGUGCAGACACCUGAAGAAGAAAAAAAUUCUGAAAAGGAACUGUCAGGUCACUUGAGUUGUUUGGAGACUUCUUUACAGACUUCUGAACCUGAUAAAACAAAUGACAAGGGGAUGCUAUCUCCAGAUGUUCCAGAACAGUUUUCAAAUACUAAUUUAAGCAAAUCUCUUCCUCAAGAGCAGAAGCCACUUGAAGUUAAACCAGCACCUUUUAUGAGAAGUCGAUUCAAGAGACCAAAACCGAACUUAGCAAGAGCAACUUUAAAGAGAGAGACUACAGAAGCAGAAAAAUAUGUACAUGGGAAGAAAUUGGAAACUGAUAAAACUGAGACUGUUGUGGUGCAGCAGACCAGUGAACAGGGUGUGGCUUCCCUAAUGACAUCAAGAGAAAAAGACAAAUCAGGUCAUAGGGAGGAGGAGACUGUAAUAUUACCGUGUAUACAGACUGAAAAGGACCGUUCACCUUCAAGUUCUUGUGAUCCUGAAGCCAUGUCUCAGCCUGUACAGACCCAGGAAAAGGAAUUAGUUGUUUCUCUGGGGGCUCAUAGAACAAACACUUUUCAGCAAGAAGUGAAGGAAAGCAUUAUCCCAACUGCUCGAAUAGUAAGGAGCCGACUUCAGAGGCCCAGACCAAACAUAAAAAAGGCUGUACCGAGGCAAAUAGAAAAAGGUGAAGCUGAAGGCAUAAUUAAGGAAGAAAGAACAGUAGUACAAAAAGAUGAAACUAAAAAGUUCUUGACUGUGCCAAGCUCUCCAGUUGGAACUGAAAUUGAAGUUGUAUCCUCCAAAGUUUCAGAAGGUAUAACGUGUGAAAACCAGAGUCACAUGGUCCUUGCAGAACCUCUUCAUCUUAACAAAAUAAAUGUUUUAGAUGAAAAGAUGAGACAUGAACCUAAAAGGUCUGUUCCUAGUCCAGCACAUUUGGUAAGAAGGCAGUUCCGAAAGGUUAAGCCAAAUUUGGGACGAGCACAUGGUAAGAAAGAUGAGCCAGGCAUAGAAAAAGACAGAGCAGAUGAGAGUGAGGCAAGGAAGCCAGAAGAUAAUUUGCUGCAGCCCCGAGAUUCUGACACCCACCUCCUUCAAAAAGAAAAGGCUGAGUUUCUGACAUCUUUGGAGGUUUCAGCAAGAAAAGAUUGUGUCAAUUCCACGGAGGCUACUUUGGCCAAAAGCAGUGCUCAUUUAGAAGUUGGACCAUCAGGAAGUGCUGGAGGAAAAACCGUAGGGGAUAAUUCUGUGUCUUCAGUUGCUGAAGAGCCAUGUCUCAGUAGACUAUCAAGCUCUCCACAGCUGUUAAAAGAAUCAAAUUACUCUAAAAGUGGUCUGGAUCGAAGAACAACUGCCUCUUCUACUUCUGAGUGUGAGUUAGAUCAUGGUGGAAGGAGAAUGCAUCGCAGGAUGAAACCAAGUGUCACCAGAGGGCGUGGAUCAAAACGAGUUCGAAGUAAGACCUCUAGGAAGGAACCUCGUGCUUCCAAGGCCACGCUGGUGACUCUUCGGGCUUCACAGGAAGAAGAGGAAGAUGAUGAUGAAGAUUUUGAGCCUGAUUAUGAAGAUGAAAGUUACCAUCUUGCUCCAGAAGAAGUAAACAAAGCUCCAGUGUUUGUUCCCAUUGGUCUUAGGUCUCCUGAACCUGUUCCUGCUCAGAUCGAGGAAACAAUGGAAGAGCUUGAAAUAACUGUGAAUGUACCAGAUAUAGGCAUAGCUGUUGUUGAAAAUCCACUGUCAAACACAGAUGUGACUACUCAGGAGAUGAGACAAGAAGAAAAUUUGAAGGCAUUAUCUGUCGAAAUGAACACAGAUGAACAUACCCAAGAUGAAACAGGUACCAGUGAUGGAAGCACUGAAGCUGCUAUAACAUUACUUGCAAUGGGAGAUCUAGUGUUGCAGUCAGAGAUCGGGGCAGAACAGAGUGAUGGAGUAUGUGUACUUCUUGAUGUUCAUUCAAAGGAUAAAAGCUGUGUUCCUUUUAGCCCAGAUAAUGUAAAUCACAAAAUUGUUCGUGAAUGUCAGGAGCUUUCUUCACCUGUCAAUAGUACAUCUCCUUCUUCAUUAGAAGAAAACAAGAUUGUAUUGGAAGAGCAAAGUACUAAAGAAGAAAUUGGUUUAGUGGAGAGAGUAAAGGAAAACGCUGUAUCAACCAGGAAUACAACUUCUGAAGUGACCAGUAAUUUGAGAAUAAGAAGUAGAUUUCCCAAGCCUAAACCAAAUCUUAAGACUUCAGGGACCAGCAGGUUUCGUGUUCAUCAGGAAGUUCCCAAUUUGUUUGUAAACAAAGGAGAAGUGAUAGAAAGUCAAAGAGAAACUGAGAAGAAUAUUUCUGAAGCAACGGAAUUACAAGAUGAAAACCUUGGAUCACUUAGAACAGCAGAGAGUAAGGAGCAGAGCAAAUUGGCUUGUGAACAUGGUAUUGAAGAGACUGCUGUUUCUCAAGAAGCAAAUCUAACUGAAAGAAAUGAUGAUCAGGAAGAGGAAUCUCAAAAGGUUCAGAUAUCAUCAGUUGCUCCAGUUUCCUUUGAGACAAGGCCCCAUAUACUUGGUUCAGAUGUGGUUCUCCCUGAGAGUUCUGUUGAAGAGCCCCAAGGGAAGGACUCUAAUGGAGACAGUGUGCUUGCUCUUCAUAUGUCAGAGGGUACACUAACUAGUAUGCCAGAAGUCCAACAAGAGAAUGUAAUCAGUUCUCAAGACUUAACAGUGAAUCUAGUUGCUAAUGUACAUCAAGAUGGUGAGGAUGAACAAGCAUUCAUUUUAACUCUGGUGGAAAUCCCAACCAAUGCUGUUGAAGAAUUUAGUGAUACCAGUGCACAGUUAAUGCCAAACCCUUUACUGCCAGCACCCAUAUUGAUCAAAUCCGUGAAUACAGAAGAAAGGAGUGACAUGAGUGUGAGUUUUCCAGUAACUUCAGUUGGUCAGAAUACCAUCUGUUUAUCUGAUCCUGGAAGAGAUGAUUCUGAAAAGCUUCCUCCUGCUAAUUUGGAUCUUAUAUCUAGGAAGAGAUUUCACUGUAUGCUUGAUGAAAGUGACCAGGUUCCUCCUCCCAAAAAAAGUUUGCUCACUUCAGGAGAUGAUUGUCAAAAUUAUACUUCCGAGGUGUGUUCAAAGGAAAUGAUAAAUGCUUCUGAGGAAACAGGGGAGUCUUACAAGGAACAAGGUAUCUUCCCUACCUCAGGAGGCACACAUACAACUCCAGAACCUCAGAAAGAGCAACUUGAACCAACUUUUCAGAGUAUAGAAUCUGGGUCUCUUGAUAAAAUAACAGAUACACAUAUAGAAAAAAGUACAUCUCAGUUACCUCAGGAUGAGAGGAUUGUGUCUGCUAAGGAGGAGGGAACUUGUGCUGCUUCGAAGUCUGAACAAACGAGUAACAUUGCAUCAUCUUCAAAAACCCCAUUAUCCAGACCUGGCAGAAGACCCCUGGGAUUUUUGUCUUUAAUAUGUUCAAAGAAUAGUUUGGAGUCUGAUGAACCUACUCAGGUUUAUAAUAAGAAACGUCUAAAACCUCUUAUACCUGUAUCAAGAAAGAAUCUGAAAAGAUCAAAUCCGCUCAGUGAAAGCCAGAAAAAAAUCCAAGAGUCCUCUGAUCAGCCUCCAUCUCCAAGUGUUGUUGAUACUCAAUCUGAGAAUACUGGCAGUUCAGCAACUCAGGCUUCUUGUGAUCGUCCCUUACCAAAAGAAGAAUGUAAAAGUAGCCAAAACCGGGUACCUGAGGAGGAGCCAACCACAGUCUCAGAAUAUUUCUUCGGUGAUAUCUUUAUCGAAGUAGAUGAAACAGAAUAAAAGUCUUUUUUUUUUUUUUUUUAAUUUUUUUAAGUCUAGUAUUUCCAGAGUCAAAUAUCAACUAAGCAGUAUUUAGAAAAAAGCAUCACUGGCUUUUUUUCUUUAGAUUGAUUUUGAAUAUUUAAGAGCUUGAUUUGAAGCUUUUAUAAUCAGUGGAAAACAUUGCUGAGGUUCCUUUCAUUCUGAUUGAUUCAGCAUUUUGGAAAUACAGAGCAAUUAAGACUGCUUCUGAGACAGAAAUAGCUUCUCUUGUUCACGUUUUGACUCUUCCUGUGCUGAACACACGUGGACAUUUUGGAGUGCUGUGGGUAAACUCUCUGUAUAAAUCACAGUGCCGACUUAUUUGGAGGUGGAUUGUAUUUAGCAUUUAGUGAACUUAUUUUGUAAAGGCUUUUUUCUGUUUUUUUUUUUUUUUUUUUUAUUUGUUUGUUUGUUUUUGUGUUUUAUUUGUUUUGCUGAAGACCUUUACAGUUGCCUCUGAGUAUAUGAAAGCAUAUUGUGAAAUCUCCACUUUAGUAUGGUAAAUCUUAAAAACUUUUCUAUUAUCAGCUAUUUGACUGGAAAAUACGUAUUUUUCUAAUUCAUGUUGAUGUAACAUUAGUCCUAAUUGAACAAGUAGUAUUUAAACUUAUUUAUAAAAAUGAAACAUCAAAAAGUUUAUUUAUUUUUAAAUUUUUUAUUUAAAGGAAUAUUCAGUUUUAAUUAUUUUCACCACUCAGAUUAUGGGUAAAGACAACAUUGACAAAUUUGUGUUUGUCCCUUUUCCCUUUAAUUUUUAAAGAUAUUUAUAGUUAUAUCACUAAAAGUAUUUGGAUAGUAUAUAUGUUUUGAAUACAUUUUUUUCUCAUAGUUUAGUAUAUUGAAUUUGUACUGUGAAGUUUUUGUUUUUCUUAUUUUUUUGGAUAAUCUCAGGAUUUGUAUGGGAAAAAAAUCCCUUAAUUUAUGAGGGAGAUUUGCCUACAAAAUUCAGUCCCUUUUACACACACACACACACACACACACACACACUCACAUACAUUCCUUUUUUUAAAAACUAAUUUCUUGAUAGCUUUUUCCCCCCAUUAAAUUUUGCUUAAGGGGCUCUUAGGCCUUUAAGCACAGAACAUAAUUGUGAUAUUAAAACAGAAAAUAAGAUAAUAAGACUUUAUUUAGUCAGUGAUUAUCAUCAGUAUUAAUUUAAGGGUUGUUUUUGAUUUUGAAAUUUUGCUUUUUAUACAUGUAAUUCCAUUAUCUACCCAAGCAAAUCUUCGGUGGUUCAAAUCAAACUUCUCAAAAACAAAUUUGUUCUUUUACUUGAAAAGCCCCAGAGCAGGAGUUAGAAACAUUUUCUGCAAAAUAUUCUUGAAUUUGCAGGCUGGAUGGCCUCUGUGGCAGCUGUUCAUUUCUGCUGUUUCAGUGUGAAAACAGCCAUGGACAAUACUGAAGGGAUUGACAUGGCUGUAAUGGGCUUUUCAUUUGACCCCUAUAUUAGAUAGUAAUUUUCUUACCUUAAGGUGCUGACAUUUUAUCUUUGACAUAUCUGUCAUUGAAGUUAUUAGUUGUGCAUCACAAAACCGUGAUGAUUGCAUUACAAAAUGAUCAGUAUUUCAACUGGGAAGGUAUUUUAAUGUCUAGAUAAUUGUGUUUAUAUAUUGAAAAAAAUAGUGGCAAAUUUUCAACUUCAUUAGUAAAAUAGGAUGUGGUUCAGCAAAUGUAACAGUAAUCCUAAAAUUGCUAUUAGAGCAUUUCUUAUUCAUUGCUUUAUAGUGAAAUUUAUAAUUUAACUUUAGUGUCAUCAAGGGGGAUCUAUAAAUCUGAGUGGAAAUUCUCAGUAGGUAUGCAUUAAUUUAUUUCAUGUGAUUAAUAUGUCACAAAAAUCAUGGUUGUCAAUCACAUAGCUAUUUUAAUGCCCUGUUUUUAUAAAAUUUUUAAAGUCUCAUAUUUUGAAACAGUUUCUUUCAUUUAAUCUUAGUUUGGAUGUUAGGUUGCCACAGUUAAACUAUUAUUCUAUCCCUUGUGUAAUAUUUAUUUUUUAACUUUGUUAACAUCUGUCUCUUGUUCAUCUAUAAUGAAUUCAUUUUAUGGAAGGUGUAACUUCUUACUAUAUAAAAAAAUAAUUUUAUCUUUGGGUAUUCAUUGUGUAAGAGAAUCAAGUCAGCCAAGAUAAAUUGUCCUACUAUUAUAUCCUUCAAACUAAUCUGGGAAAAUAAGAAACUUAAUCAUUGUAUUUACCUUACAAGGUGGAAAGAAUUAGUCACACCCUUUGUUUAUAUUCCUGUAAAGAUGAUGUUGUGAAGAAUUAUUUUGUAAAUCUGAAAGGAGGUAUGAAUAAUGGUCUUUGUUUUCUUGACUUUUCCUCCUGAAUACUUAUAUUUUAGCAAGUGGUCAACAUGAUGAUUUUAAAAGCCUAACUGUUGGUAAAUGAUUGAGGCACAGUUAAAAAUAUGAGUAUCUGCUGCUUACCACCAUGUUAUUCAAAUUAGAAGUGACCAUAUAUACUCUCUUGCUUGAAGGCGUUUUUGACAAAAAAGCAAUACCUAUCAUUUGUAAAUUUUCUUGUUCUAAAGAAAGCAGUUAUGUUCUAUAGAUAUAAAUUAUGUAAAUAAAAGUUAUUUUAUACUA